GCCUCUGGAGAAUCGCCAAACCUGAUUGGCUGUUUUUUGGUUAGACGUGUACAUAGACAUAACUUGUGAAAUAAUUGGUAUGUUCCUUUUGCAUAAACGCAAGGGUUUUGGUGGUGAUUCUCUGCUAAUCAUUAUCAUUGUGUCAUUUCAUUUGACAUACAGGACAAAUGUAAAUCUUAAAACAAGUCGGGACACAGGGACAUGGUUUGAAAUACGUCAUCCUACACUGACAUGUAAUGCAUUGGACAUCAGAACAAUAUGGGAAGUGAAAACGAGUCUGCAGUCUGGUUUGAAAGAUCAGAUCUUUUACUUCAUUUUUGUAAUCUAUGUCAAACUUCUAAAGAGAUUAAAGAGGACUUACACAGAUUUUGGUUUGUCUUACAAUGUUAUAGGUUGGUUUAGGAAUGACUAACAGAUGUUAGGUUCCAUUUUGGGGCUCUUGUUUACGAUAUACAUUAAUGACCUCUGCAAUAAUGUUUUAAAUGCUAAUAUGCACUUUUAUGCAGAUGGUGCCAUUAUCUGUUGUACUAGCUCAUUACAUAUGAAAUGAAGCAUGUAUCAUGUUUAAAAAAACAUUGCUCAACAAUUAUGGCAAAUGGAGAAGGUCCUUUGAUAAACUCUGACUUCCUUGCAUUUUUCAUUCUCUCUUUGUAAAUGAGGCCCAAACUGCAUUAGGCCUUGUUGGGCCUAGUUGGCUAAAACUGCAUAAGGCUUUGUGCUGAUGGGUGCCUAAACCUGCUGAUUGCCACUUGCAGCUAUAUUUUUAAAUUCAAUAGGCUUGCUAGAAAGGAGAGGUUUAUGAAGCCUUCUUGAAGUUGAAACUGGGUGCUACAUAGUGACACUUUACAGUACUGUUUUGUAGUUAAUAAGUAACUAUUAACUAUUAAUUUUAUAUUGUUCCUGAUCAUCAUUAACUCCUAAUGAAGAACAGCAACACCUCAUUCAUUAUCUAACAGACACAAAUUACAUGAUCACUUGGUAAUAUGUAGAACCAAUUGAAUUUGAAGGCAGGACACACGUACACAUUGAUAUUUGUGUGAGCCCUCUCUUCAACUGACCCUGCCCUGAACAGGACAUUAAAGGAGGAACUACUGUUCAGAAGAAACACUGGCACACAUGCUCCUGCAGAAAACAAUGAUGUUUUCUUUUCUAAAGAUGAGAUAUAAAAGCAGACUGGUCUACUGAAUACUGAAGUGUUUUAGCAGUUGUCCCUUUUAAGCCUUUUAAGGUUUCUGAUCAAAAAAAAACACGAGGGACACCAGUCAUUACAGUGUGGUGUGAUGCCCCAGCCUUCUCUGAGGAUACCUGUUUCUGUGAAUAGAAAGGGAGGACAUAAUCCAUUAUAUUGUAGAGACUGCACACUGUGUGGUUUAUUUCACUACUGUUAGAAGUGUUGGAAUACACUACAUCAGUUAGUAGUUCAGCAGGAACCUUGUCAGACUCAGCUAUUGAGCAAUUAAUGUUGACUUGAUAUGUAAAUGUAUGAGUAGUUAUUCUAGGAAACUAUAGUUAAGUAAUUCUAUGAGACUCAGUAGUUAUUGUUUAGUAAAUAGUAAACUACCCAAAUCAUUAGUUCACUACUACCUACUGAGUAGUGAACUAGUAGUCCUUGGUAGUUAAGAGUAGUUACUUACAUGUUAAUGCAGCACUACUCAUUUGUUCCUGCCCUACAUUACUUGUUUUGUUUGAUACUGGCCUGCCUGCUUGAAAGUGGAAGCAAUUUAUGUCUCACAAGGUUUGCAGUUGUCCAGACCAGUAUCCAUGGCGUUGAGGCAGCUGAAGCCAGAGCAAGUGGAAGAUCAAUUAACAGCCUCAGAUGACCAUUGCUAUUUCUUUAACUUUAAUCUGGCUGGUGCUCAUUUGAAAUCUAAUUACUGCUGUCGAGUGAUUAAAGGCAGAGCUUAACAAAAUCUUCCUGACUGCCUCUUGUGAUCCUGGGAUGCUGGGAGGGUGUCCAGCUGGUAAAUAGCUGCUGCUGUUAUAGGGGCAGUUAUAUUAGGUAUAUUAUAUAGGCCAGAUAUAACAGCUGGGACUAGACAAAGGCUCCGAUAUCCUAAUUUGAGCAUAAUGGACCUGAAGGAAUAUUUCAAAAGGAUUGGCUUCACUGGUCUGUACGACAAAGCUGACCUGCCCACUCUGUGCACCAUACACAAGCUGCAUGUCAUGACUGUUCCCUUCGAGAACCUCAGUAUCCACUGUGGAGAGAAGAACACUCUGGACCUUAAUGUCAUCUAUAAGAAGAUUGUGCUCGACCAUCGUGGAGGUUGGUGCUUUGAGAACAACCUGCUGUUCUCCUGGGUGCUGAGAGAGAUGGGCUACAAAUUUACCAUGCUGGGCACCAAGGACUGCAACCUCCUCAAAAAUGACUCCAAUCCCAUGGAGUCACAUCUCAUCAAUCUGGUUGAGAUUGAUGGUAAGCCUUAUAUUGCUGAUGUUAGUUAUGGUGUAUCAGACCAAAUGUGGGAGCCUUUAGAACUGAUCGCAGGUAAAGACCAACCUCAGCCCCCAGGGGUGUUCCGUCUACUGAAAGACGGCGAGAGUUGGACCCUGGAGAAGACCGGGAGGAAGCCACUGAUCCAGAAUGAGGCCUUUGCCAAGUGCAGCCUCGUUAACAAGCCCCUGACAAAAACCAUGUUCAGCUUCUUUUUAAUGCCACGUGGCACUGACCAGUUUCUGGAGGCCUCCGAGUACCUCCAGACAAAUUGUGAGUCUUUGUUCACUCAGAAAUCCAUCUGUUCCCUUCAGACACCCACUGGCUUCAGAGCUCUGGUUGGCUGUAACUACAGUGAGGUCACAUUUAAUCCUCAAGAAGACGUAGACCUCUAUGAUAUGAGGAAAAUACCAGACAGUGAGAUAGAGACCGUACUGAAGGAAAAGUUUAAUAUUACAUUAGACAGUAAACUGACACCUGUAAACAAUAAAAAUGUGUGAAAUGAAAUGCAAGGCUAACCUAACUGAAAAAACAAACUUAAAUCAAUCAAAAUCAGAAUCAAGUUAUAGCAAUUGUCAAUGAAAACCAAGACAGGCGACAUCACUAAAUUGCAGUGCCACACCAGUUCAACAUCACAAUGACGGAGCCAUAUAAGAAAAAAACUUGUUACCAAAAAAAAA